UUUCGCCCAAGGUUUGGCUACUCAUCCAUUUUUUAAAAUUUUACUGUGUCAAAAUGUAUAGUAAAAAUGCCAACUUUAUCACCAACAUUUCGAAACAAAUCUUGCAUAGCCCAAACUGCCGGUGUGUCAGUGUUUCUCCUUCAUCAAGCACAAUGGCGACCGACUCCACGGAGCUAAUGUGGGGGCCAGGAUUCAUUGGAUUUAUCAUAACUACAGCGCUCUACGGGACAGCUUUCGGACAGUAUCUCUUCUACGUGCGAUGGUUUCCGCAAGAUUCGAGAGAACUCAAAUUAUUUAUAACAAUGGCCUUUUGUUUGGACACAAUACAGGAAUACUCGUUGAUAGGGAUGUACUGGUCUAUCUUUAUUUCGUGCCGUCGUAGCAUGUCCCUCGAGUGCACCACUCAACUUCCGUGGCAGGUAUUGGCAAGUUCAUUUUUAUUGAUGUAGCGUACUGCAUAUUGAACGUUGCCUACGAAGCUCGCUGUACUUACGGGAGUAAGUCUCCCGUAUCUGGCUGUUAUUAACAUUAAUUGACAAAUUGUAAGUAUUGGAUCAUUUUCGCCGUUCAGUGGUACGUGGUUCCUGUUGCUGGCUUCCUGCAGGACGACGCCAAAUUUACUUCGGCUGUCGAAAGUUUUUAUGCAUCCAGGGUGUGGAUCAUCACGGCACAAAAUCGCUUGAUC